AUGUAUGCGCCUCCUUGGCAAGUUGGCGGCAUUCACAACCCCACGAUCGACCCGGUCAAGCAUUUCAACACUCAGGAUCGCUUCCAGACUGUUACCGCCGGCGAGUACGUCAAGUGCUUUAUCUACAACAUGCUCCCGGCUCGUGUCUGGUGUGUGAUGGUUGGAGUUCCGCUUAGCCUUGUUCUGAUCAACACCUGGUUGGAGCAGAGGCGUGAGCCCAUGGAGAUCUUCAUGGAUCGUGAGGAGUACCACAAGUAUUUCAACGACUUCUACUAUGGCGUGUACUUCGAUCACCAUCACUUCUCGCACCAGCUCUGCCACCGCCGCGCUCACAAGUGGGGCUACGCUGGGCAGGACAUCACACUCCAGGACGGGCACCACUGA